CGAAGAAAAAUGGUGAACUCCAGCCUCCCUCCUCCAUCUUUGCUUCUCGUCCUCUUGUUCAUCUUUUCCAAUGCCUUGAACCUGCCGUCUGCAGCCAUGGACUGCCACAGCAGUGACCGCGCUGCUCUCCUAAAGAUCAAGGGCGAGCUCGGCAACCCUCCGGAGCUAUCCUCAUGGAUGCCAGCCACGAACUGCUGUGCCUGGGACGCCGCCGCCGCCGCCGCCGCCGUCAUAUGCUCCCCCGACGCUGGCCGCGUCUACCUCGUGGCCCUAUUCCAACUACACGUGGACGUGGCAGCGCCCAUCCCUCCCGCCUACGGCGAGCUACCAAUGUUGCAAACCAUCCAGCUCGACACCCUGCCGGGACUGUACGGCCCUAUCCCCGCCUCCUUCGCCAAGCUCGCGCACCUCGAGCAGCUCGACAUCAGUGGCACCCAGGUCUCCGGGCCAGUCCCGGGCUUCCUGACGAAGACCAACCUCAGCGCUCUGACCAUCACCAACAGCAAGCUAACGGGGCCGAUCCCGGGGUCCCUGAGCCGCCUCUCCAGCCUCAGGUACCUGGAUCUCAGCGGCAACAUGCUCAGCGGGUCCAUACCUCCCGGGCUGCUCCAUGGAAGCUCCCGGUUCCUCAUCCUGUCCAGCAACAGGCUCACGGGCGAGGUCCCGGCGGGGUACGCCGACGGAGACAUGGACACCCUCGACCUCUCCCACAACCAGCUCGCCGGUGACCCGUCCUUCUUGUUCGGCGCCACAAAGCCGUUCAGAAAGAUCGAUCUGUCCUGGAACAGGCUCGCGUUCGACAUGACCGGAGUCAGGUUCCCUGUCAGCCUCGCGUCGCUGAUGCAGCCGUGGAAGGAUAGAAGCGAGGAAGAAGAACGGAUAGAAACUAUGAAACUGGAAAAGACGGGAAAACUUUGUUCAUUUCCUUCCUGUGCGAAAUAUCAAGUCAGCUAGUAUUUAUUACACGCAUGCCUCAUCAGGCGGCCCACUCUUUCCCUGUCACGCGGACAUUGGGCCUACGCACCCGUCGGCUCAAUGGCUGCCUUGAUUCCUGAAGCGCUGCCUCAUCUUCAGUCGAGCGACGAACAGGGUCGCUGACAGUCCCCCUCCCUUGAGAGGCCGCUUGACCCCAAGCGGCAGCUGCUGGAAACCGAGCACGCAAGGAGUCUUCAUCUUCCCAAGUGGCCAAAGCUUCAUCAGACUGUGACCAGCGAACGUGAACUUGUGGUACUUGUCACCCACCACGGAACACCACACGCCGAUUUAAAAUCUGCAUAGGCACCUGGAGAUGGCCCAGAUCAUCAGGAAGAGUAGCACUGACCAAAGGUGGAGGCACCCCCAAAGCACGCUUGAGUUGAGACACAUGAAAAACUGGAUGUAUCGCAGCAGUAGCAGGCAGCUGCAACUUGUAGGCCACCUUGCCAAUGCGUUGAACGACAGUAUAGGGAC